GCUCUCAAGGCUUCCCAGAGCCUGGUGGGGGCGCGGGAGCCGGAGGGGAGGUGCAGACAGGUGCCGGGCCCCUCCAGCUCCUGCGACAACACACCUCCCCCGCCCCCCGGCCCCGUGAGGACCAGUCGAGACGCCCCGAGAGGGAGCUACAACUUUCCAGAGACUUCGGCUGGGGCUUGGCAAACUUCGGCGAGUUCCUGCUCCGCGCGUCCCGCGGGCGGGGCGGCCGAAGAGCGGGCGAUGGGGCCCUGCAGCUCCGUCCCGGCCCGACGGCGCCCCCGCCGCCCCCGCCCCGCCUGCGCUCCCGCGGGCACUCACGCCGCCGCCGGCCGGCCGAGCGCGAAUUCGAACGCGGCGGUUUUGGGAGGCGCAGUUGGAGACGCAGCGGUCAGGGGCUCGUCUCCGGCCGGCGAGGGGAGGGGCGCUGCCCCGGCUCGGCGCCAAGCCCGGGGGUUUGAGACCAGGGCAGAGAUCCCUAACUUUCCGUGGACUCACACUAGGCUGCGGACACCGUGAGCCGCAAAGUGGUCCAAGCGAGUGACUUCUGCGCUGCGCUUCUCCUGGAAACUUCUCGGGAAUACGGGGGAGGCGGUCUGAGCUGUACCAGCAGGGGUUCUGUCCUUUGACAUUCUUGUUUGUGAAGAUGGAAACCUUAAUAUCUCUGGAGUCAAGCUUUUACUUGAGAUAACUGAAACCUUGUGUCUUAAGUUUCCCUGCAAGAACACCCCCCGAGAUGGCAGAGGAGAACAGCAAUACCAGGGACUGCCUGUCCUCCAGCGUGCUCAGCUGGGAUCAGGUCAGCCGUCUGCAUGAGGUCCUGACCGAGGUCGUACCCAUCCACGGACGAGGCAACUUUCCGACCUUGGAGAUAACUCUGAAGGACAUCGUCCAGACCGUGCGCAGCCGGCUGGAGGAGGCGGGCAUCAAAGUGCAGGACGUCCGGCUGAACGGCUCUGCGGCUGGCCACGUCUUGGUCAAAGACAACGGCCUGGGUUGCAAAGACCUGGACCUCAUCUUUCAUGUGGCUCUUCCCACAGAGGCGGAGUUUCAGCUGGUCAGAGAUGUGGUGCUGUGCUCCCUCCUGAACUUCCUGCCGGAGGGUGUGAACAAGCUCAAGAUCAGCCCGGUCACCCUGAAGGAGGCCUACGUCCAGAAACUGGUGAAGGUCUGCACGGACACGGACCGCUGGAGCCUGAUUUCCCUCUCCAACAAGAACGGGAGGAACGUGGAGCUGAAAUUUGUCGACUCCAUCCGGCGCCAGUUCGAGUUUAGCGUGGACUCUUUUCAGAUCAUCUUGGAUUCGUUGCUCUUUUUCUACGACUGCUCCACUAGCCCCAUCUCUGAGCACCUCCACCCCACGGUGAUCGGGGAGAGCGUGUACGGGGACUUUGAGGAAGCCUUCGACCACCUGCAGAACAGACUGAUCGCCACCAAGAACCCCGAAGAGAUCCGGGGCGGGGGGCUGCUCAAGUACAGCAACCUCCUGGUGCGGGACUUCAGGCCCACGGACCAGGAGGAGAUCAAAACUCUAGAGCGUUACAUGUGCUCCAGGUUUUUCAUCGACUUCCCGGACAUCCUCGAACAGCAAAGGAAGCUGGAGACCUACCUUCAAAACCACUUUGCCGAGGAAGAGAGGAGCAAGUACGACUACCUCAUGAUCCUUCGCAGGGUGGUGAACGAGAGCACCGUGUGCCUCAUGGGGCACGAGCGGAGGCAGACCCUGAACCUCAUCUCCCUCCUGGCCUUGCGCGUGCUUGCAGAACAAAACAUCAUCCCCAACGCCACCAACGUCACCUGCUACUACCAGCCAGCUCCGUACGUCAGCGACGGCAACUUCAACAACUACUACGUUGCCCACCCCCCAGUUACCUACAGCCAGCCGUACCCUACCUGGCUACCCUGUAACUAACCCUGAGACCUGAGGGUUUCCACAGCGGGGACCGCAAUAGGGCAAGGGCUCUCAGGUAGGGGAGCCUCCUUCUAGAUGUAGGUGUUUGGCUUUUAAAGGGGAACUCAGCUCUGAUUCUGCUUAUUUUGUUCUUUGUGCACCCAUUGGAAUGGGUCUACAGUAUAUCAUGAGCCAACCCUGAAGGGACCCCAUCAUUCCAGUGCCACUUUGGAAAACGCUAUAGGAAGUAGGACCCAUCCACAUCUUUCCGAGAGAGACACUAACAUGUCACGUCUCAAACAUCCGCGCGGGGACAUUUGGAGCUCUGUGCGCUAAUGGAAUCUGGGAAAGUUCCUGGGCGGUGUUUCUCACUCGGGCCUACGGUUGGCUCUGUUGGCUCUCACUUGGGGUUCUCAGCUGUUAGGUGAAAGUUGUGGUGAUAGUCUAUUUUCUUGUACCAAUUUUAGCCAGGCAGAAAAUGGUGGACAUGAGAGUGGUCUCGUGACUGCAUUUUUCUGUUCGGGAGACUGAAUUGCGUAUGUUUAUUCCCUGUUAGCAGAGCUGAGGAUUUCUUCUCAUCAAUAAACCAAAGCCGGUAGCUGGAGAAUUGAGAUCUGGUUGAAAGUGGUUUAUGGUUUAGAUGUUGUGCUCUCACGAGGAUUUGUGAGAUAUUGCUGAAGGGGGGGAGAAAAAAGACCUUUGCUUGAAAUGUAACUUGAAAACAAAAUAAAAUGUGGAACAUAAUGUUAAAAGCAGAAUUGUGGUGGGGGUGGGGAGGGGCUGAUUGUAAAUAGGAAACAUGAAUGUUCUUUUUCUUUUUUUUUUCUUUAAGGAAUUCUUAUUGAAUGACACUUCCUCCCGCCCCCCGCCCCCCGCCCGCCCCCAGCAGCUUAUCACUUUAGUUUUGCUCUUCCUAAGACGAAGGAUUGUCCAGAGUCCUUGCAGUAACUGACGCGAGGGUCUUCCCAUGUUUUAAUUGGAAACCCAUUUUGGUCACAUUCCGAGUAUGACCAGCUGUUUUUCUCGAGUACCUUGGCUGAUUACUUUUUGUUUGUUUUUGUUCUUUACUCAAAAAAUAGCGAUUUCCCUCCCCGGACUUUUUUUGGACAGCAAAUGAAUUCAGGAAUUUCAACAGGGCUGAAUGAUCUGUGGGACGACCUGCUGUGGUGGGCAGAGUUCUUUGGCUGAAAACUGCUUUGGAAUUGAACCUGCCGCCCCUGUGGUGUGCGUGAGGUAGAGGCUUCGCGCUCACUCGGGCCUUGUGUGCGCGGCGUGAUUAAUUCUGGUGUGUUCUGGGAAGAAUGGAGUACAUGAAGAAUGUCUUCCUUAUUCUGGUAGAUUUGACCGUACUUGUUUCUUGUCUGCACUUUAGAAGGAAAACAGUGUUAAUCUCCAGUCUAAAGCAAGCUCAGUGAAUGGGGGCGUUCUGGGCUGCUGCCCUCCCAGUAGAUUGUGAGUUUUGAAACUUCUGUGGGAUCUCUUAGAAAGCAUCACUCUAGGGCACUAAGGGCAAAGGAACUCAGUAGCACCAGCCAGCUUGGUUUAUAGAGUGACUUCAUCAAAUCCACACUCCUGAUUUUUCCUUUCUUCCGUGGCCAUAGAAUUCCCCAGCCCUGAGUGAUUGCUUUCCUUUAUUCCUUGCUUUAGGCAGUGAAGUUACCUUACGGCUUAGCAGAAACCGAGUGAUUUACCUUUUUCUGAAGAUGGUAUUUUCAGGGUGUUUUUUUUUUUUUUUUUUGGAAUGUGAGAUCUUGGUCCUCUUAAAGCAGAUUGGUCAUGACUGAACCCCGAGGCUUAGCUGGUAUCCAUGUUGUCCUACACUAGGUGAAUAGAAGCCACUUCUGUGGGCAACCAGCUCCUGCAACCAGCUCCUGUUGCCCUGUGAAUCGCAGUCACAUUUGACUUCACUGGCUUUGAGUCCAGGCCAGGUUCUACACUGAGGGGGGGCCCAGCAUGCUUCAGGGUUGAAAGGGGGGCAAUGAGGACUGAAUCCCAACUUUGAAAACUACAUGUUCCUCUGUGACAUUGAAAGGCUGCCAUUGUGGUUGGAUGGCAACAUCUUUGCACAAAAGUGACAGAUAUGUUUAACCAGAGCUUUGAGAUGUGAUGGAGCCAUGAACGUAAGCACUUGCUAACAGAAGUCAGUGCUGCUCUACUAGAAGGCUUGACGAUCAGGGUGACGAGGCUCCAGAUGAAGAUAGGAUCAGAGAACCACAUCAAGUAAUUAAAUUUCCAGUUUGCCCUUGGA